UGCGCGUGCGCGUGCGCGUGCGCAAGCGAGCGUCGUCGCCGAAGACGGUCGCUGUGUGAGUGGCUAGAGGCCUGUUGAAGCUCACAGGAAGCACCUGAAAGACUACCUCGGGAAUAUUGUUUCUUAGGCCUUUAAGCUAUUUAAACAACAGUGAGUAUCUCUUGGGCCUGUUGUGGUCUGUUACAGGAGCGUGUUUCUGAUCAUCAGAAUCUCAACCAUGUUUUCAAACUGCUUGCCAAAUAUCCUAAAAAUCACAAACCCUUGUCUAUAUUCAAGAUUAUGCCAGCGAUUAAUAAGAAGUAAAAGACGUUUUGGAACUGUGCCAACAUCCAGAUUACAUAGGCGGGUUGUCAUCACGGGCAUUGGCUUAGUGACCCCUCUUGGUGUCGGGACACAACUGGUAUGGGAUCGUCUGAUCCGAGGAGAGAGUGGGAUCAUUUCACUGGUUGGUGACGAGUAUAAGAGUAUCCCUUGCAGUGUUGCUGCUUAUGUGCCAAGAGGUUGUGAAGAAGGUCAGUUCAAUGAACAAAACUUUGUGUCCAAAUCAGAUAUCAAGUCCAUGUCUUCUCCUACCAUCAUGGCCAUUGGGGCUGCAGAGUUAGCCAUGAAAGAUGCUGGCUGGCAUCCUCAGUCAGAAGCUGAUCAAGUGGCUACAGGCGUUGCAAUUGGCAUGGGAAUGGUUCCUCUUGAAGUUGUUUCUGAAACUGCUCUGAUGUUUCAGACAAAAGGUUACAAUAAAGUCAGCCCUUUCUUUGUCCCUAAGAUUCUAGUCAAUAUGGCAGCAGGCCAGGUCAGCAUUCGAUAUAAACUCAGAGGCCCCAAUCAUGCAGUAUCUACAGCCUGCACAACAGGAGCUCAUGCUGUGGGAGACUCUUUUAGAUUUAUAGCCCAUGGUGAUGCUGAUGUGAUGGUGGCUGGAGGUACAGAUUCUUGCAUUAGCCCUUUAUCUCUUGCUGGGUUUUCCAGAGCCCGUGCUCUGAGCACAAAUUCUGAUCCUAAGUUGGCAUGUCGACCAUUUCAUCCCAAAAGAGAUGGUUUUGUAAUGGGAGAAGGUGCAGCUGUGCUGGUGCUGGAAGAACAUAAACAUGCCGUUCAAAGAGGGGCCCGGAUCUAUGCAGAAGUUUUGGGCUAUGGACUCUCAGGCGAUGCUGGUCACAUAACUGCCCCCGAUCCUGAAGGAGAAGGUGCCUUAAGAUCUAUGACGGCUGCUGUAAAGGAUGCAAAUGUACAGCCGGAAGAGAUAUCCUAUGUCAAUGCACAUGCUACUUCCACACCAUUGGGAGAUGCUGCUGAAAACAAAGCUAUCAAAUAUCUUUUCAAAGACCAUGCAUAUGCACUUGCCAUUUCCUCAACUAAGGGAGCCACAGGACAUCUGCUGGGAGCUGCUGGGGCAGUUGAAGCAGCGUUUACCGCUCUGGCUUGUUAUCAUCGAAAACUACCACCUACUUUAAACCUGGAUUGUACAGAACCAGAAUUUGAUCUCAAUUAUGUUCCACUAAAGGCACAGGAAUGGAAAACUGAGAAAAGAUGUAUUGGACUCACCAAUUCCUUUGGUUUUGGUGGUACUAAUGCAACACUUUGUAUUGCUGGCAUGUAGAACAAAUCAUUUGUAAUUAAACAUUGAUUUUUUAAUGUUAUAAACAAACUAUAUUAAG